UAGAAAAACAAGACAGUUCACUGGAAAAAGAAAGAGACUUGGGAAAACGAAGAGAGUCCAGUGAGAGAACAACACUAGGGACAAAGAGAGAGGACGAAGAAGAAGCAGAUGAUGUCAGAAGCUCAUUUUGUCUGAACAAUACAGUCCUUUGGAAGUUUGGUUCUGCGAAUCAUUUCAUUUCCAUUUCUUGACAUCUCUGAUCUCUCUCUUUUCUUCAAGCAGUUCAGAAGAAAAGAAGAAGCAGCUAAAGACACACUUUUGCUUGCAGGAGGUAUUGACUAUAUCCAAAAGAGAGUAGUUUUAAAACCAUAAUACCAAGCAAUGCAGUCUCCAAAACCGAGGCCCAGAUCUUUGGAUGUGUCUCAGAAGAAAUCUCCUACAGCAACUACUAGAACUGCUCGUAAGCUCAAAACUGCAGAAACUGACCCUGUUCCAUCUCCCAACCCAAAAAUCAGGACACCAAAAGCUCAGAGCCCAAAAGUAGUUGCUGAUCGCCGUUCUCCAAGAACCCCUAUAAAUGAGAUUCAGAAGAAACGUACAGGGAGAACACCCGAAGUGGCAUCUUCUCAGAUAUCUCAGCUGCAAGAGGAGCUAAAGAAGGCAAAGGAAGAGCUAAAAGCUUCAGAAGCUUUGAAGAAAGAAGCUCAAGACAAAGCAGAUGAGACGAAGCAUCAGCUGAAGGAGAUCAACGCCUCUGAGGACUCAAGAAUCGAUGAGCUUCGAAAGCUCUCUCAGGAGCGAGACAAAACGUGGCAGUCCGAACUCGAAGCAAUGCAGAGACAGCACGCCAUGGAUUCCACCGCUCUAGCUUCUGCAAUGUGCGAAGUCCAGAAACUGAAAGCACAGCUGUCUGAAUCUGAAUCCAUUGAGAAACUCAACGAGACGCUGUCUCUUGUUGAGGAACUCAGAGGGGAACUGUAUGACGCAAAGGAAGGAGAAGCUAGAGCGCAUGAGAUUGUUUCAGCAACUGAAAAGCAGUUAGAGAUAGCUAACUUGACGCUUGAGAUGUUACGUUCAGAUGGUAUGAAGAUGUCUGAAGCUUGUAACGCACUUACAGCCGAGCUAGAGCAGUCCAAAUCCGAGGUAAAGUCACUAGAGAAGCUUUUGAGACAGCUCGAGGAAGAGGGAGAUGAAGACUCAUCAACAGUGGAAGAGCUCAAAGAAGAGAUAAACGCUGCAAGGCAUGAGAUUAACCAGUUGAAGUCUGCAGUGGAAGUCACUGAGAGAAGGUACCAAGAAGAGUAUGUCCAGAGCACGUUGCAGAUAAGAAGUGCUUAUGAAAGGGAGGCUGAGUUAGGGGAAGAACUGAAGAGAACCAAAGCUGAAAGAGAGGCUUUGCAUGAAAGGUUAAUGGACAAGGAAGCUAAGCUGAGGAUACUAGCCGAUGAAAACGAGUUGCUGAACUUAAAAAUCAAAGAAACAGAAGAACUAAACUUGGAGCGUGAGGUUACAGGAGAGCUCAAGAAGCUAGAAUCUGAUCUGGUGGAGCUGAGAGGGAAUCUGAUGGACAAGGAGAUGGAGCUGCAGAGUGUAACGUCUCAGAACGAGAAUCACAGGAGCGAGAUGGAGAAGGUGCAGAGAGAGAAGAACAAGGCCCUGGACGAGGCCUUAGAGAGGCUUGAGAGUCUGAAGGAGGAAGCUGAUAAGAGCGGGAAGAGAGCGGAGAACGCAACGGAACAGCUAGGGGCAGCACAAGUCAGUAAAACGGAGCUAGAAGCUGAACUAAGGAGACUCAAGGUUCAGUGUGAUCAAUGGAGGAAAGCUGCAGAAGCAGCAGCUACUAUGAUCUCCGAUGGUAACAAGAACGGUAAUGGGAAGUACGUGGAGAGAACAGGGUCGCUGGAGAGUCCGUUGAGGAGGAACAUGAACAUGUCUCCUUAUGUGGAUGAAACUAAUGAUGAUGAUUUGUCUUCGCCAAAGAAGAAGAAUGGGAGCAUGCUAAAGAAGUUUGGUGUGUUACUGAAGAAGAGCCAGAAGUGAUGACUGAUGUAAGGAAAAAAAAAACUACCAUUGUUGUCUUUGUUGUUGUUGUUGUUGCCAAACCUGUGUUACGAACUAUGUUAACUUCUUUUUUCUUAUUGACUAAGCUCAAAACUCUGAUCAGUGUUUA